GGUAGAUUGGGCUGGGUCACCUGUACCCAGCUGUCUGUCUAUGAAGAGUGACCGUUCAAUGAAUCGUCCAAUCGACUUUAGAGGAGAGUUCACAGGUGAUCAAAGGAUUCACUGCUCACUGGAUUUAAGUCGUUCAGAUGAGAUGAGUUCAAAGACACUGUUCUCCACAAAACAGUCUCUCCUGCGCACUCUGAUGAAGCUGAAGAAGACUGAAAAGUUGAAACUGUUUCAGAGUCAUCUGAGUCAGGGUUGCCCAGAAUGCUUUAAUAGUCUUUCUGAAGAUCCUUCUGUACUGGAUAAGCUUAUGAAGAUCAAGGAAGUGUUCAAGAGUGAUCAAAUUGCUGAUUACCCAGAAUGCACUGAGAGAGGGCAGGAGGAUCCUGAGGCCUUGUACAUAGUUGAGAAGAUGCUGGAGACCUGUGGCAUUGAGGAGUCUCUGAAGAUCACACUCCAUAUCCUGAGGAACAUGAAGAAGAAGGAUGUCACUGACCCACUGGAGAGAGACGAGCAGCACAAUGAAUUCAAAGAAAGAGCCCAGCAGGCACUGAAAACUCAUCUGAAGAAGAGGUUUGAAUGCAUAUUUGAAGGUUUAGCAAAGCAGGGCCACCAGACCCUCCUCAAUGAGAUCUAUACAGAGCUCUACAUCACAGAGGGGGGAAGUAGGGGGGUCAAUGAUGAACAUGAGAUCAGACAGAUUGAGAUGGCAUCGAAGAGACAAACCACACAUGAGACUGCAAUCAUCUGCAAUGACAUCUUUAAGCCUUCACCUAGACAAGAGAAACCAAUCAGAACCGUGCUUACUAAGGGCAUCGCUGGCAUUGGGAAAACAGUCUCUGUGCAGAAGUUCAUUCUGGACUGGGCAGAUGGAAAAGCCAAUCAGGACAUUGAUUUCAUCUUCACUCUUCCUUUCCGAGAUCUGAAUCUGAAAAAGGAGAGAGAAUUUAGUCUCAUGGAACUUCUGCAGCAAUACUUUCCACAACUGAAAGAGAUCAAAAGUUUUGAAGAUGAUGAAGUCAAAGUUGUGUUCAUCUUUGAUGGUCUGGAUGAGUGUCGACUUCCUCUAGAUUUCCAAAGCAAUGAGAUCUGCUGUGAUAUAACAGAGUCAUCAUCAUUGGAUGUGCUGCUGACCAACCUCAUUAAGGGGAAUCUGCUUCCCUCUGCCCUCCUCUGGAUCACCUCCCGACCCGCAGCAGCCAAUCAGAUCCCUCCUGGGUGCGUCCACCAGGUGACAGAGGUACGAGGAUUCAAUGACCCACAGAAGGAGGAGUACUUCAGGAAGAGAAUCGGAGAUCGGAACAAGGCUAGCAAAAUUAUCUCACACAUAAAGUCAUCCAGGAGUCUCUACAUCAUGUGUCACAUACCAGUCUUCUGUUGGAUUUCUGCUACUGUUCUGGAGACAAUGUUGGAUAAAGUGAGUGGAGACCUGCCCAAAACUCUGACUGAAAUGUACACACACUUCCUGCUCAUUCAGACUAAUGUGAAGAAUGAGAAGUAUCAUGGCACCAAUGAGACAACCCCAAAGAAAAAGUCAGCAUCAAAUACAAAAAUCAUCCUGAAACUGGGGUGGCUGGCUUUACUACAGCUGGAAAGGGGCAAUCUGAUAUUCUAUGAAGAGGACCUGAGAGAGAUGAGCAUUGAUGUCAGUGAAGCUUCAGUGUACUCUGGGGUGUGCACAGAGAUCUUUAAAGAGGAGUGUGGGUUGAGUGAGGAGAAGGUCUACUGCUUUGUGCAUCUGAGCAUUCAGGAGUAUCUGGCUGCCUUGUUUGUGUUUCAUUCAUGUGUUCAUAAGAACAGAAAUGUACUCAGAGCAACAAAACAACAAAACAACAAACCUCGCAGACGCAGAGUAAAAGUGCAGCUGUCUGAGUUACACAGGACUGCAGUGGAUCUGGCCUUAGAGAGUAAGAAUGGACACCUGGACCUUUUCCUCAGAUUCCUUCUAGGCCUCUCUCUGGACUCCAUUCAGACUCUAUUAGGAGGAAUACUGACAAAGACAAGAAGCAGUUCACAGAGCAUUAAGGGAACAGUCCAGUACAUUAGGACAAAGAUCGAAGAUGAAUCUUCAGCAGAAAGGACCAUAAAUCUUUUCCACUGUCUCAAUGAACUGAAUGACAACUCUCUAGUGGAGGAAAUCAAGAAUUUCCAGAGAUCAGGAAAACUCUCUAAUGAAAAGCUGGAACCACACCAAUGCUCAGCCCUGGCCUUUGUGUUACUGAUGUCAGAGGAGAUCCUAGAUGAGUUUGACUUGAAGACCUACAACACAUCAGCAGCAGGUUAUCAGAGACUGCUACCAGUACUUGGGAACUGCAGGAAGGCCAUACUGAAUUACUGUGACCUCACAGAGAAGUCCUGUGAAAUUGUGGCCUCAGCUCUUCAGUCAUCAAACUCACCCCUGAGAGAUCUGGACCUCAGCAACAAUAACCUGGGAGAUUCAGGAGUGAAGCUGCUCUGUGCUGCACUGAUGAGUCCAAACUGUAAACUACAGACACUGGGACUGAAUUACUGUGACCUCACAGAGAAGUCCUGUGAAAUUGUGGCCUCAGCUCUUCAGUCAUCAAACUCACCCCUGAGAGAUCUGGACCUCAGCAACAAUAACCUGGGAGAUUCAGGAGUGAAGCUGCUCUGUGCUGGACUGAUGAGUCCAAACUGUAAACUACAGACACUGGGACUGAAUUGCUGUGACCUCACAGAGAAGUCCUGUGAAAUUGUGGCCUCAGCACUUCAGUCAUCAAACUCACCCCUGAGAGAUCUGGACCUCAGCAACAAUAACCUGGGAGAUUCAGGAGUGAAGCUGCUCUGUGCUGGACUGAUGAGUCCAAACUGUAAACUACAGACACUGGGGCUGGGUUGGUGUAAUCUCACAGAUGGCUGCUGUGAUGUUCUGGCCUCAGUCCUGCGUUCUCCUCACUCAGAGCUGAGAGAUCUGGAGCUCAGAGACAAUGAGCUGCAGGAUUCAGGAGUGAGAGCGCUCUCUGCUGGACUCGAGGACCCACACUGUAAACUGCAGAGGCUGGGGCUGUCAGGCUGUAGAGUCACACAGAGAGGCUGUGAUUCUCUGGCUUCAUCUCUGUGUUCAAACCCCUCACACCUGAGAGAGCUGGACCUGAGACACAAUCACCCAGGAGACUCAGGAGUGAGAGCGCUGUCUAGUGGAAAUAAAGGAUGGUUAAAAUUCAGAAUUCUGUUCUGCUGUUCUUACAGUGUGGACCAUGGAGGAGAGAACAGGACCAAACCAGGACUCAGGAAAUACGGCUGUCAGUUCACACUGGAUCCAAACACAGCGCAGAGAACCCUGUCUCUGUCUGAGGGGAACAGGAGGGUGACACACACACGGGGGACAGCGGAGCAGCCAUAUCCUGAUCAUCCAGAGAGAUUUGAGUGCUGGCCCCAGGUUGUGUGCAGAGAGAGUGUGUGUGAGCGCUGUUACUGGGAGGCUGAGUUCAGUGUGUCUAAGGGGGGAUGGGUUGAUAUAGCAGUGACAUAUAAAGGAAUCAGCAGGAAAGGAGCGGUUCAUGACUAUAGGUUUGGAGCGAAUAACAACUCCUGGAUUCUGCGGUGCUUUAAGCACGAUGACUCUGGUAAACUCAGAUACUCUGUCAGGCACAAUAAUAACCAAACAGACAUACCUGCCCCCCCCUCCCCCUACCGCCUAGCAGGAGUGUGUGAUGAUUAUGAUGAUGAUGAUUAUGGUAGAGGAGUGUGUGUGUACAGGGUAGGAGUGUGUGUGGACCGUCCGGCCGGCACUCUGUCCUUCUACAGCGUCUCUGACUCUGACACACUGACCCUCCUGCACAGACUCCACACACACUUCACUCAACACACACCCCUCUAUGCUGGAUUUUAUGUGAAGUACUCCUCAGUAUCCCUCUGCCAACUGGAGUAGAGACACACACACACACGCACGUGCACGCACACACACGCAUACACACACACACACGCAUGUGC